GGGCUGCCGUUUCGGGUGCGUUCGGUCAGUGUAGGAGAGCAGUGGCUGCAGCAUCAGAGCGCCCCCUGCAGGAGGGUUCGCGGUGAAGCCAAGAAAUGCCGGAAGGUUUACGGCAUCGAGCACAGAGACCAGUGGUGUACGGCCUGCCGCUGGAAGAAAGCCUGCCAGCGCUUCCUCGACUGAACGGAGGAAGAGCGAGAGGAGGAUGAGGAAAGGACUGGAGGAUGUUUUAUACUUUCUAAAACCAGAUUUAUUUUUUUGGUUUUAUACUCUUUUCUACAUUCGCUAGAAGCGUCUUUUUUUUUACUUUGAAUGUGUUUUUUGAAGAUGUUUUGUAGACGUCUCGUCCUGUCGGUGCUUCUUAAUGAACACACUGGGGCAGCUAUGAUGUGACCUUUGACCUCAAAGUGUCUGGCCGACUCUCCUCAGGUGUUCUUAACAAAACCAGACAACAGGUUAUCAGCCGAGUCACCAUGGAAACGCCCGCUAGAGCUGCAACAAAUUUUUGAUUCAUCGAUUACAACUAUUUUAAUAAUCGAUUAGUUGUUUUGAGUCAAUUUUUAAGAAAUUUCUCUGAUUUCAGGUCUUGUCAUUUUCUGGUUUCUUUGGGUUGUGGAUAUUGUGGAUAUUCACCUCGAGCUUUAGGAAACAGCGGUCAACAUUUUAUGGACCAAACAACUAAUCGAUUAAUCGAGAAAUUGAUACAGACAUCGGUAAUUAAAAUAAUGGUCAGUUGGAGCCCUGACGCUCAGCUCCGGCCGGGGCUGGUUGUGACCGAGCUUUUCGGACGAAGGUUUGAUGGUCGGCUGAGUUUACGGGACAAAAAUACUGUAUUUCCGUUUCAGAGUCCAAAGCAGAACAGAGUGACUUAAAGGACCAGUGUGUAGGUUCAGUGGCAUCUAGUGGCCGUUAAAGACGUUAAAGCACCUAUCUCUAAGAUAACAAAUACACAACGAUUCUUAUUUUCAGGUGAUUAAACAUUUCUGACAAUAGAUCCUCCUAAAUGUUACACACUGGACCUUUAAGACUUCCUGUCUGGAUAUAAAACAUGAAGAAAUAAGGUGAAAGUCUCUCAGACAAUAUGAGGCAGCUUUAAGAUAAAAACAACAAUAUGUAAAUAAAACUGAUUCCCUCUGGUCUCCUGAUGACAGGAAGGCAAUAAUAGUGUUUUGUUACUGAGCUCAGAGCUGAUGCUAACAUUAGUUGCCCGUUGUAGUUGACUCACGUGUUUCCAUCCAACUGUUUCCUGUCUGAGGUGUAAAAGUUGUGUUGAUAGAACCAGGAACAGACGAAGCUCUGCGGAGAAUACGUGUCUGGGCUUGUGAGUGUAAGAAAAUAUCAAUAAAUAUCAUAUUGCGAUAUUUUCUUUUGUGAUAUUGUAUCGAUUCUCAAAAUAACUGCAUCGAUGUUUGUGUUUAAACCCCUCAACCGCUACAGAGCAGUGUUGUAAACUGGGGUCUAUGAUGAUAAACCCAUUCGCAGUAUAUUGAAUCGUAAUAUAGAUCAUGAUACGUAACUACAGAUUCUUGCCAAUACGCAGCCGUAGCCGCGACCCAACCACGCUAAGCAGCAUUUACAGAGAGAGACGCACAUAAACGGCGUGAAGAAUCCAGUCAGCUUCCUAAAUAAAAUACCCUGUGCAGACUCUGAUAAAGUCAUGUCCGGGCAUUUAAAGUGUUAGCAAGAAGAAGGCUCAAACCUCGAUGUAACUAACGUAAUGUAACUAUCAGAACGCCAAGUUAAGACCGACUUAAAACCAGGCGUUAACCAGCAGCAUCAACCAGCAGCUCACACAACGAACAUCAGUCACGUUUAAUUUCACCAUUUUCUGCUAAAUUCUGGUAAAAUCUGUGUUACAUCUGGAUAUAGAGGCUUCAGAUUUACUGCUGGGACGUCAGAAACGAGGUCAUCAAGGUCUCCAGGCCCUUGAUUUAAUCUGCGGUUUGUCCAUAAAGACUCAGGAGCAGCUCAGACACAACAAACAGCCGUCGUUUGGUUUCUGUUUUUUUCAGACUUUCCUCCAAUAUUUGCUGUUUUCUUGUGAAUCAGAGAAUCUGAAUCACUGCUGUGGAUUUUGUGGUGCGUUCAGGUGCAACGUUAAGAUACGAGGCGUUUGAGGGCUCUCGUUCUUUGGCGUGUCGAUGUUCUUCACUGUAAAUAUCAGCGUCACUCACUCAAUUCCCAUCAGCCCAUACUUUUUCUUCUGUUUGGUUGUUUUAACGUUUGGAAACAGAAGCCAUUUCCACUCGUCCGCUUAGAGACCACAUGCAGUAUUGAUCGUAUACACACUGAAUUAUAGAUAUUUUAUAUGUUUUCUUGUUCUAUCUAUUCAGAAUUAUAAAAACCAGACACACUUAUAUCCAACAGUAAACUUCCUGAAGCCUUUUAAACUUUUCUCUGCAGUAAACGGAGGUUUAUAUUCUGUCUGUCCUGAAGGAGUAAAUGUUGAUCAUUGUAAUUGUAUCGUUUUUAAGAUGCACUCUUUUAUACAUGAUGUGAAGUCCUCAUGUUGUUUUAAUAAAAAAUGUUGAUUCUGAC